GACCGAUCACUUUGUUGGCUCGAUCUCAGUGUGUCUUCACGCUCUGCCAAAUCAAUACCUGACAAUAUUGUAUAAGGAUCGGGCCUGUAAGGAAACUGUGGCUUUAGACUGAGAGAAAGCUCUCCACCUGACCCUGUUACUUCUGCUUGACGAACCGUCAAAUUACUCUAAGCUUGUUAGAACAGUCAGCUGGCGGACUGUGUUUGUGUGCUACCUCUACUGAGUAGCUACCUCUGUGCUGCCUUUAGCGAGUGGCUACCACUGGGGUAGCAAACAGCUACCAUGGCCUGUUCCUUGAGUCACGGUGCCAUACUGGAGAAAAACAUCCGUCAAGUCUACAGCGGUUCUCACGCUGGCUACCAGCUGAGGGAGGGGAGGGAGGGUGGCGUCAUCGACAUACACGACAGGGUCUUGGAGAAACACAGACGUCCACGUGACAGAUUUAACUGGAAGUUUGAAGAGUACGUCACAGAUUAUAAAAUACGAAUACCACGUGCUCCAUCCUUCAGGUGCGUGUCUGCUAGAGAAGCGCGGGAAAUUUCUGAUCGAUUGUACAGACGUCACGAGUCGGCCAAUCAGAUGACGGGGACUAGUGCUCCGACCAACCAGAUGACAGGAUCUGGUGUUCUGACUAAUCAGAUGACAGGGUCUGGUGCUCCGACCAAUCAGAUUACAGGGACAGAUGCUGCGACCAAUCAGAUGAUAGGUACUGGUGCUCUGAUAAAAGAAAACCGGUUUGAAAUCCCUGAACCGGCAAAUAACGAGAGACAAGAAGAGCAGAGACUCAACUCUGUAGGUUCUGGUUCGAAUCCUAGUCAUGGGGAUGGCAUCGUGAAUAAAAUGGGAGUAAAAUCCCAAGUUAAGGCUAGCAAGGCAACACGCAGAAGUCAAGAGACCUGCUCACGUGAUCAACUGGACACUACACAGAUGAAAGAUAGCGAAGAGUCUUCGAACAAAACUUCUAUCGUGGAGAAGAUAAAUCCAACAAAACGCUACAGUACACAAGCUCACGACACGGAUUCUGCUAAGUGUUGUCCACAAGUUAAAUCAGGGGACAUAACCAAGAAUAAUAAACUAAGUUGUACUAAGGGAAACAACCAGGAAAAUCAUAUCGCUACUAGAGAAAAAAAUCGUCGCAUUGGUCUCACACACAACGGUGAUGUUAACGGUGUAGCUGAUGACAUUGGUGACGAUAAUCGUGAUGAUGAUUCACUCGUCUACCCUCUACUGAAGCGCAUUCUCAAUGAGUCUGGUGGAUUCAAGGGGUGUGGUGGAUUCAAGGGGUCUGGUGGAUUCAGGGAGUCUGGUGGAUUCAAGGGGUCUGGUGGAUUCAGGGAGUCUGGUGGAUACAGGGGGUCUGGUGGAUACAGACACCCACAACACGACGACAUAGCACCUGACAAAUCUGCUGAAAUCAGGUGGUCUAGGGGAUACAGACACCCCCAGUAUGGUUAUGUAGCCCCUAACAAGGACGAGAAGAACCACGAGGGAGGCGGGAGUCACGUGACCGAUCUUGACACGCCGAGACUGCACGAGAUGAACAUUCUGCGGGAGCUGGUUGGCAGCAAGCAGGUCAGAGGUCAGCACCGCCUGGCUGUAGCCGACAGGCCGCGGGUUCAAGUCUCGCCCUACAGCGCCAGUCACGUGACCGCGGACCUACACCACACGUCAAGCCCCAGGGGGAAGAAAAAACCGGAAGUGGCGUCACGUGGUACGUCAUCCAAACAUGGCCACACCCAGCAAGCCCUACCGCCCAAAUGUUUUAAAAAUGUGCAACAGGAAAGACAGUACAAAAGAUAUUUGAAAAGUUUGAAAAAAAUUUCUCGAUCCGUCGAAUACUGCACGGUUGCUAAUGGCAACCAGAAGACGUCCAAGAGAAGCCACGAGUUUCCGGUAGGAAGAGACAAACUUCUAGAGAGGCGGUCGUCUGCUACGUCGUCGGAACUAUCGUCUGGGUCAAGUCACAGUAGAUAA